GCGGCAGCGGGCCCGGCCCUGCAGCGGAGCGGAGCCCGGCGUGGCCCGCGGGAGCGCAGCCGGGGCCGGCCGGCAGAGCGGGCUGGCCAUGGUGGACCACCUUGCAAACACGGAGAUCAACAGCCAGCGCAUCGCUGCUGUGGAAAACUGCUUUGGGGCUUCUGGGCAGCCCUUAGCCUUGCCGGGCAGGGUGCUCCUGGGAGAAGGGAUUUUAACCAAAGAAUGCCGCAAGAAGCCGAAGCCUCGCAUCUUUUUCCUUUUCAACGACAUCCUCGUCUACGGCAGCAUCAUCAUCAACAAAAGGAAGUACAACUCCCAGCACAUCAUCCCCCUUGAAGACGUCACUUUGGAGACGCUGCCGGACACCUUGCAGAUGAAGAACCGCUGGAUGAUCAAAACCUCCAAGAAGUCCUUUGUGGUGUCCGCAGCCUCCCUGACCGAGAGGAAGGAGUGGAUCAGCCACCUGGAGGAGUGCAUCAAGCACCUGCUGACCAAGACGGGCCGGCAGCCCUGCAGGGAGCCCGCGGCUCCCUGGAUCCCAGACAAGGCCACGGACAUCUGCAUGCGCUGCACGCAGACCAAGUUCUCCACGCUCACCCGCAGGCAUCACUGCCGCAAGUGCGGCUUCGUCGUGUGCGCCGACUGCUCCAGGCAGAGGUUCCUGAUGCCCCGGCUGUCCCCCAAGCCCCUGAGGGUCUGCAACCUGUGCUACAGGCAGCUGCUGGCAGAGAAGAAGAAGGAGGCAGAGGCGGAUCAGAGGCAGACGGAGCCGAUCCCCUCCGCCAUGCAGGGCUAUGAGCCCUCCAGCGGCGAUGACAGCGACAAGUCUGACGAUGAGAAAGCUGAGCAGUGGCCAGCAGACACAGAGUUUUACACCUCACAGGUAUCCUGGUCAUCUUUCCACAGCUGACCUCCCUGGGAGGUGGUGGUGUUUAGGCACUGGGAAGCCAACCUUGGCCUCCAAUGCGUGUCCUUCUCGAUGUUUUCUCUGAAGGCCAUGCCUGAGAAGGUGGGUCUUGGCCCCGUGUGUGGUGUCAGAGCUGAGACAAGGUUUCCCCUCUGAGAACGUCUCAUACGAUCUGAGCACAGAGAGAACAGCUCCGUGAAGAGCAUUGAGGACUGGGGCAGCACCCUGUGGAUCAGUCUUGGCCAAAUGAGCUCACCUUCAGUGCCUUAUUCUUCCUCUCUGCUAAAACAUCUCUCGUUUGAAAUGUUUUGAAAUUGGCUCUUGGGAGGAAAAGAAAUCCCAGAGCUGAACAUAUUGGCCUGCUCACAGUUUGUUCCUCACAGCAAGGGCCACUCUGCAUGUCACUUUCCGUGAGCAUUCUGAGAUUCUCACUGCAAGCUUGCCAGCCUGAGGGAAUAGCUGCUCAUCCCUGCAUGGUACGGCCAGCACUGGAUUCCCUGUCUUCUCAAGGCUGGAAACACUAAGAGAAUGGUACUUGGAAGGCAGGGAGCUUGUGUGGGGCUCAGUGUGAGCCUCAGCAAAGCACUGGAGCAUCCAGCUCUCUCACAUGGAAAGAGGCCAUGCCAGUGGUACCGGGCAGGAGGAGGAAAGGGGAGGGGAAAGGGACAGGGAAAAUGACACUGAGCAGUGAAAUAUGGAGGGAGAGAGGUACUGCAUUCACUCAACUAAGUGCAGAGCCCAGACCUCAAACACAGGCAGUUGUACCAGAUUACUGGAAACUUGAAAAUCUCAAGCCUAUCAGGUAAGAGGACAGCCCAGGGAAGACUUGUUAAAAGUCUGUAAAAGUCCAGGGAAAAGCCCCAAAUUAAGAUCCUGUGAAGUACAGCACUUCAACUUCCCCUUCCCUCCUGGGCUGCUGCCCAAGGCAUCAGAUUCUCACUUGUGGGCUCACCUCCUGCCUUAUCAGUCUCACGAGUCCAAAGUUUAGGUCCUUUAUGUACUUCAAGGAUGGGAGCCAAAGACUUUGCAGUUUACUUGAGAUCAACUUCAAAGUUCAAAUUCAGUUAGAAAUAAACUGUGUUUAUUCAAGUACUCUAUCAUAAUGUAGUAUGGGAGUAAAUAUAGAGGAAAUCAGACAACAGCAAUUGUUUUGCAGCAGGCAUUUAUACAAACUCCAUUAUUACUUUUAGUGUAUUUUUGUAUUGUGUAUUUUGCGGUCUGGAAAAGCAACAUGGCUGGGAAUACACUGCCAAUGUUGUGAAAUGUUUCCUUACCACGACCUGUUACAAGCAAUGCAUUGCUUGACAGGUGGCCAUGUGUUUUUUUUAAAUUUCAAUUCAAGAUAAUUAUUCUUACACUCUUUUAUAAACUGCUACUGUUCCAGUGAAUUUGUAUUACUUGACUGUGUGUGAAUAAAGAUACUGCCAACAGGAAGGAGCCAGGAAACCAGGACAAUAAAGCAUGUUAUUAUUGAACAAGGGUCUUAACAGGAGCGGGGAUCCAGGCCUGGCCAGCCCAGCACGAGUGGUGACUGCUCAGCUGUGGGGAGACUGCUCUGGUUUCUGUUUACUGCUUCAAGGUAAGGGCAUCAAAUCUGAUGCUCCUGUCUAUUUAUACCAUGUUGUUGUCUGACAGGCUUUCCCCAAGUCUCCUGCAAUCCCUGCAGUAGUCUGUAUUAACUGGAACCGUAUUUUUCCGGUGGGGACACAGCUCAGAGUGGGCCAGCAAACCUUAUGACCUAAGCAGAUGUUUUUGGGCUUUAAAGCAAUAAGUACACCGAGUUCUGUUUUUUCCAUCCCUCUCCAGACUCAGUUCCUAACUCCGCACAGCAGUGAUUGUUUUUACAAUGCCUCCCACCCACCAGAAGGGUGUACAUGCUAUGCAAACAGAAAAUGACCUUAAAAAUAAACAGCCAUUAGAGUGGUUCACAAGCCAAAAAUAGCCCAGCUGCUGAGUCUGCAUCCAAUCAGAAAUGUACUGCAGUUUGGCACCUAAUGCUUAGUUCAGUUAGAGAUCAGCUUACUUUGUGUGUUUGAAGGUCUUGCCUAGCCAGCCCCAAAAGACCUAUGAACUGUUUUUAUGCUCCAAUGAGGGACAGGCACGCCUCUAAAGAAUGCCUUCUUGGUGAGCAAAAGCUUUUCUCAAUCACAGCAGGGAAAAAAAAUCAGAAAAACUGAACCACCAAAAACAACCCAGCCUCUUUUUCUGGUGCAUGCUGCUGAUGGCUUCUGAGGAAAUGCACACAUCUUCCACCAACUGCAAGCCCCAAGAAACAAAGCAAUUCUUAAAAUUUAAUGCCUAUGGUAAAAGGAUCCUGGCCAGGAAAACAUGGGGAAAUUUAAACAAAGCCUCUCCUCCACUUCUGAACUUCUGUUGUGGAGCUCAGCACUGGAUUAGAGCCUGGGGCUCCUGGCUUCUGGCCUGCUGAACACAUGGGUUUUAAAUCACAGGCUGUGUGCUGUUACAGUCCAGCCUGGAGUUUUCCAGCCUGAUUCUAUCUCCAGUGCAUUAAUAGGGUAUUUCCUGAUAGUUUGUGUUCUCUCUUUUUUAGCUCAAUAAAGGCCUUAGCAGAGA